AUUAUGUUUGAUCUGUGCUCUCUUCAAUCUAUAGAUAUUUUAAGGAAAGAAUGUAGGUGAAGUACUAGUUUAAAAUUGUAAAGCCAUCGUGUUCAGCGGAAAGAGCAGAGAGGGAGAAGCUUCGAGACUCUCAAAUGGAGAACCCCAGCCGUCGUCCGGUUGACGACCUUCGCCUUUAUUUGCCUUCGUCAACGUCGGAGUUCAUAGUCACUGUCACUGUCUCCUCCACCGUUCAAGCGGAGAGAGCAGAGGGGGGGAAGCCUCGAGACUCUGAAAUGGAGAGCCCCAACCGUCAUCCGGUUUGCGUCGUUGACCUUCAUAUGUGUUUGCCAUCGCCGGUGUUCAGAGUCCAUGGCUCCUCCACCAUUCAAGCGGAGAGAGCAGAGGGGGGGAAGCCUCGAGACUCUGAAAUGGAGAGCCCCAACCGUCAUCCGGUUCGCGUCGUUGACUUUCGUAUGUGUUGGCCACCGCCGGUGUUCACAGUCCCUGUCUCCUCCACCAUUCAAGCGCAUGACAAUAUAUCAGGGAUGCCUCCGGAUGAUGUUGUUGAAAUCGCAUAUAAUGUUUCGAGAGACUUGGAGAUAAAAGAUUGGAACAGUGUUGGAGCUCCUGGUCGCGAUGAAGAUGAUCGCCCUUCGCAAAACAUUUUAAAUUUUGGGAAUUUUAUUUAUAAUGGGGGAAGUUUUGCAGGCAAUAGCACCGGCAGUAUCAACGGUAACAAUAACCAGUAAGGUCGGCUUUAAUGUGGAAGAAAUUCUGCGCAAGUAUAUUCGCUAUGCUCUGAAUGAGAAACCAUUUAACCCUGAUGUGGUAGCUGAUUUAAUUCAGCUGAGGAGAGCUUCUAUGUUAAAUGACUCCCAAGUUGCGGAGAUUCUGAAUGAAAUCUCACGACGAAUUGUGCGAGACAAAGGCCCUGUAGUCAUGGAUGCAUCAGGCUAUACAGAGAAGAGUUUCAAGAGAAAACUUGCUGUUCAGGCUCUUUUUGGAAAAGUCUUCUAUUUAUCUGAGGCAUGUGGCUGGACAGUUAGUAUAAAUUAACAUUCUUCCUUUGAUGCAAAAUAUGAAAUUUGUUGAGGAACAACUAAUUUCGUUAAUUUAUGGCAUCAUAGCAUUCCCUUUCAUCAUGGCGGUGCUCAUCCUACUGCACUGCUCCGUACUGGACAUUUUUCUUUAUCUUCUGGUACUUGGACA